CUUUGAGCUGUGCUGUGGGCACAGCCGGUCGCUGGGAGCUGGGAGCUGGGAGCCGGGAGCCGGGAGCCGGGAGCCGGGAGCCUCCGCUGUUGGCACCCUCGUUAAUUCUCUCUUUCUCUUCCUCAGACCGCAGGAAAAUGGUUCGUAUUCUGGCCAACGGGGACAUAGUGGAUGAUGACGAUCCGCGGGUCAGGAAGGCACCUCCGCGCCGAGAGGAGCUGAACAGGGGCCGGCAGGGUUUUAUCCGUAAUACAGAGAAUGCAAACCAGCCUCACCAAGGACCAGCCAACCAAGGCCACUCGCUGUUUGCGGACAUGAAUCAGCGUUUGAUUAACAUGGGCUUUCCACGAUGGAAUCUGGGAAAUCAAGUCAUUGAACCCAUCAUGUCCGUGCUUCUGGUGCUGAUGCUCAUGUUAUUUGGAGUGCGUGGCCUCGUUCUCAUCGGUGGGCUGUACCUCUUCUCUCAGUUUAGUCAACGGUAACUGAAAGAAUUGCCGUGCACUUAUAUCUGACGGUACAACAACUCCUUUCUCCUUCCCCCUUGUAAAACCAUGUAAGAGAAUAUACUUAAGUUUCUAACUAUAAAAAGGAAAAUUGAUUGUUUAGCCAUCAGCUGCUCCAUUCCUGCAAUAUUUGGUUCAUUGUUGGAUGAUCGGAUCAUCGCUCAGUCUGAGUGCGUUAAGGGCAUCUUCACUUAUAAAUCAUCAUGUGCUGAUCUUCCAGUUCAUUCAAAUCAGCCAAUCAGAAGUAAAAAGAAGAAGCUGUUACCUGAAAGAGUGACCAAAAAAGUUAUUGCAUUGUCUUAAGAACCCAACUGGCUCAUCGGGCAGGAAAUCUGCCUUGCUUCUGUGGUCUGGGCCCACAGGUCUCACAUCAUUGUGAUUAUCAUUUAGCUGCACACCUCAAAUGAGACUGGGCAGAGGGAUGCAAAACUCCUCCACCUUGUCAAACCAUCUCUACUUUGGUCUAAAGAGCCAUCAACUCAAGUGACAAAUAUACAUGCAAACCUGCAGACCUUGGGGAAAGGUUCCUCUAGCUUGUUAAUAGUACAAUGUGACUUUAAGGUUACAGUUACACUGAGAGGGAGGGUUAACCAGUGCAUCAUGGUUAAGUUACUGGAUUAGUAUCCAGCAGCCUGUUCUAUUAAAUCAGGAAAGAACAAAUUUGAUUAAAUGAAUCUGGACCAAAAAACAAGUCUCAGUGAUGGUGAAUAUGGAAUUAGUGGAUUGUGUGAAAUCCCAUCUAAUUCAAUGAUGGGAAUGUGGAAGAUUGCGACAGGAUUACUGAUUUCUCUGUGCACUGGAACGAACAUGAAAUAAAAUUAUUACCAAUA